CAAACUCCCUUUCCGCGCAAUUGAUGUAGCCACCGAUGACGCAGCCCGGAAGCUCUGGGGUCGUCGCUCCAAGGGUAGGAAGUUACCGGGUCUGGUGAAGUUUGGCACCGUCGUCGGCGUAAGUGGUCUUUGUUCCUUUUACCCCCUCCUGUCCUCUAUAUGCCGUGGAAUUUAGCAAUCGGUCGGGGGAUGAUGAACGAUGAUCACGUAUGACUGACGAUCGUGGAACCCUACAGGACCUGGAAGAGAUCGAAGAAUGGAACGAAUAUGGUGAGCUGAGAAUGCAGGUCAACAGCGUCGAAGAUUUUGGUGAUAGUAUUCCUGUUACGAGUGCCGUGGCCACCCAACCCGAGUCUGGAUCCGCUGUAUCCACGCCCGCAUCAGAACCUUCGGUACCAAAACAGAGUACAAUCAAGAUCCAGAACCCGCCCGCGAAGGAAUCUCAGAAAGACGACUCCAUCACGGUCGCACUGCGCCAGGCUAGCGAGGAGGCCGCCGCCAAAGCUAAAGAAAGCAAAGCUGAGAAGGUGACUCCAGCUGCUGAGCAGAAGCAGCCCCUCCCUGCUGCCAUCGAGGAGAAAAAGGAUGGAGGCGCAGAUAGUGUACGUCGGAAAUCAUCGGUUGCUCCCGAGAUCGUCGAGGGGGGCAACCCAAAGCGGCCACCUCUGGUGCCAGAGGUUGCCGCGGUGUCCUCUGCCAAUUUUCAUGCUGAUAAUGCCGAAGCACUAGGAUUAGUUGAACAUCAUCGUGGCUCCAUCGUUUCUGCCACGUCCCCGGAGGAAAAAGCAAAGGUCGCUCAAGAUAUCCGUAAGUCGAUUUCUGGCGGUCAUGCAGAGAUGUUGGAGUCGUUGCGCGACGACCAGGCGCAGAAAGCUGGUCAGGAGGAAACCAUUGAUGAAGAGUCAGAAAGUGGCGAGGAUGUCGAGGAUGCUAUGAAUCGAAAGGCAAAGAGACCAGGUUCCAAUUGAAUGGCCCAUGAUAAGCCUUCGUUGGACUGCCGCUGAUUGCUUUAUGAUACGAUGGACACGCCCCGACAUUACUUUUACUAGCCCUGUUCUUUCUCCUUUCUUUUUAUUUUCUACUACCCUGUAAAGAUACCAGCGCAUUGAUAUCAGUCAUUUUUAAUCCGAUAAUUGUGAAUUUCAAAUGUUGUGUAUUCCUUCUUCAUCGUUCAGGCGUAUUUACUAGUCUAUGCAACUCAUCUCUAGGUACAUU